AUGAGGCCUGAUGAACACAAGAAGAAGAAAAACACUGCUUACAAGAAAAAGCAUGGUAUAAAAGACGCAGGUGACAAGAAAGAUGAAAAAACAAAGAAGGAUAAAUCAACAGCUGAGAGUAAACAGGAGCGGCAGACGAAGCAUGGAAGAGAAACAAAAACACAUAUCCCCAGUCAUCAGAUUCGGUAUGCAGCUAGUAGUAGAAAAACGCCUUCCAAAAUAUUUAGAAGGCGCCAGAUUGUCAGCAAUUGGCAGAAGUAUGAGCUGCCACCAGAUACAGAGGAGAAGAUUUCAGCAAGGGGCAGAGAAGCGAUCUCUCACUUCCGCUUCAAGGAUGAACUUGUUUGGGAUGAUCCAGGAGAAGCAACUCAUGAUUCCAGCAAUGAUCUAGCGCAGUCUCUAGCAUGUCUACCAGUUCAUCACAUUCUUGGCAUCAGCUCCAGUGUUUUUCCUACUACAGGAUUCGCUGUCCAUUCUGACAAGAAUGAAACUGAUGAACUUUCAACAAACUCACCUCUUCCCUCAUCACCAGAACAUGAUAAAGACACUCCAGAAGUCACUACAUCAAAAAAUACACAAUUAAUAUUAACAAACACAUCGGUUUUUUCACAUGCUUCUUCAGUGUAUGUACGGUCUUAUCCAUCUGAUACAAAUACUGGUUUUAACACUGACGUUGUUGGUCAAGAGAAUUGUAAAGGCAAGUCUGAUAUUUCAUCAAAGCAUCCUGUGGAUAAACUUCAGUUACAAGAUGAUGAUUUGGAUGUACUACUGAACACAAACGGUCCAUCAGACGUCCACAGUGGUGAUGGAUCAAGUAUUCAGCCCAGAAAAGCUGAGGGAGAUUCCAGUAAGUUGUGCCUAUUUAUUCCUCACCUUCACUCUCUCCUUCACAUCCAAAAAAUCUCUGCUUGCUUAUUGUUUCCCUACCUUUCAAAUAUUUUUUACUUAGAGGCUUGGCUGGACAGUGUCUUAGAUGGCUGA